AUGACGAGCAACAACAUCGAACCUCUGCCAGCAGACCUCAAGACUCUCUUCGAAUACGACCUUGCUGCGGUCAAUCAAAAGGAUCCAGUUUUCGAAUAUCCUUCUCGCAGCCUGGUAGCUCUUGGUCGUCGUCACGAGGGCGUCACAGAACGCCAGUUCAACAACGACCUGCUCGCCAUUCAGCGCUACUAUGUUGGAUUCGACCGCCACAUUUGGCACGAGGGAAAGGAGCGCCCCCACGGCUUUCAUAUUCGUCUCGACAGUGACAUUUCCCUCUUCAGGGACAUCCUCACGCCGCUUGUGGUGAACCCCGACUCCGACACCUCUCCUCCCUACAACGUCUCCUUUGGCAACACUCCCACGCAGCUUCAAGUCGAGAAGCUUGUCCGCCUGCACCGUGGCACCGACACGACGUUGCCUCGUUCCGCUCUCGGUUGCUACAUUCCAGACUGGGUCGUCUCAGCGGUAGCAGCCGAGCCAGAGGUUGUAGGAGCGGAAAAGAAGCCACGGUGGUUCCACCGUAUCUCCCUCGUUGGCGAGUUGAAGAUUACGUCCGUUGGCUAUACCAACAAGCAGUGGAAGGUCCGAUCCAGUAUCGACGAUGACGUCGACGGUGACGUGGAUGUCGACACCCACUCAGCAAUUGUCGACAACAACCGGAAGUACUCUCCCCUUGCGAGCACCGACCAGGAUGAGCUCGUCAGAACCGACAUGUUCCACAAGUGGCAAGCUGGCCUGUCAAAGCUCAUCGUCUACAUGAAGACCGCGUACGAGUACUGUGGCUCCUUCCUUGGCUUCUCCAUCAUCCACACGAACCUCCAGCGGGCAGUGGUGCUCCCCGGCACGGAUAGCGUUCCUACGCUUGUAUUGGAAUGGAAUGAGACCGGUAUUGUUCCAAUCACAGACAUUUCACAGUUCUUCGACGACAAGAGCAAUGUGAAGACAAUGCCUUUCGACCUGCGCGGUGCGACUGAGGGGCAGUUUGAUCCCAUCGCGCUCAGCUCAUUACUUGAGAUCACCGCACUGGCAUUCGAAGUUUUGAGCAGCACCGAGACCGCCCAUCCCUUUGGGCCCAUUUCACGUCCGGAUCGUCAACGCUGUCCCACUAUUGUCGAAGUAGAGGACUUCGUCUCAGACAGGUCCCGACACGGACCGAUGACGAAGAGUGUCAUGGACAAAGCGAUUUGCGAAGCUCGGGCAAUUCCUACCAGCCAUGGUGGUUCAACCUCGGACCCUUCAACCAGCAAACAGCCCAGUGGUGGUCCAGGAGGUGAUCCUGGUGCUGAUGGUUCAAGCGGACCUGGACGCGGGCAAGGUGGCGGCGGAGGUUCAGGCAACAGCGGACCCAAGACUUAUCCUGUCACUGGGACACAGGGAAGGAAAGGUGCCCACGGCGAUCGCAGUGGCGGGAGUGGCUCGGGUAGCAGUAAGAAACCUCGACAACACACUCAACAGUCCGAGCGUCUUUCGCAGUCUCUUCUCGGCAAGGUCCCUCCACCAUUCACCCAGGAUUGGCAGGGCCCGAGCUACCUCAGCCACUCUCACCCGACCGCCACCGAUACCAGGACCCACCGAUACUCCCUUACAGAGAGUGAGCCGUCCCAUCAGUCAGAUGUGCCAUCAACCAUCGAGAGCGAGCCCAGCCCUACUGAGGAGCUUAUUGGUUUGGAACCUCUUACCGAGCACCUCGAAAUGGAAGAGGACAACGAGGACGAGUGGGAAGAUGACGAUAGUUCGUCACUGCAAGCUGAACCAGGUACCGCCCCGUCAUUUUCGGCUGCCAGCGGGGCAUCCACUGUUGAUGCUGAAGUUACAAAGGAUGAGCCUUCCCAAGUGGGGACUGUCGCGCAGAUCCUGGAGUCGAUGGGUCUCACACAGAGUGCUACUAGGCAUCAUCAGAUGCCCGAAGGCGCAUUCCACUCAGCGGUUUCUCCUUCCGAAUACCUCCAGCUUAUGAAGGAACUGGACUGGUCUAUUGUCAUGGUGGAUGUUGGUACAAUGAACGACAUCCUCUGCGAAAUCCGGGAAUCUCUCCGCACGUGA